AUGCCGACCACACAUCUUCCCGGCCACCUGGACUCACUGCGACAGAAGGCGCGACCGAAACACCAGCUGCUGGUGCUCAAGUGCUAUCCGCGACUGCCCAAAAACUCCACCGCAGACGUUAAGCCCAACUCAUCGGAGCUGAGCUACCUCCUGUACUAUGCCUCGACCAGGCAGGACAAGCUGACCAAAGUCGGCACUUUUCUCGAGCAAAAGACGGCCCACGAUGUGUACCGCUACCAGAGCACCCGUGUGCUAGUCACGCUCCAGAUCCUCACGGCAUUACUCGAGCACAAGGAGAUCAGCCGCGCCAGUGGCUUCGCGCUCAUCGCACCUUCGGUGCUGCGUAUCUUGCGUGAUAUCAUAAACAACACCAACGACAUCAGCUUGAUCGAAGCGACUGCCGCCACCUGGCAUGUCUUCUGUCAGCACCAGGAUGUUGCCAACCUCGCCGCAGACUCGGAGUAUCGCACGCUGUAUGAGGAGGUAGUACGUCUGUACGGCUCGCUAGCCAAGAAUCAUUCCCACAAACUAGGCAAGUCGACACAGCCUGUCGCCCACCACGAUGCCAUUCGCCUGCGAAAGACAGGCGCUGAAGCAGUCAAGAGCAUAUUCGGUAUGAGCGAGCUGAAUCGCAAUUGGAACCGGGAGUAUCAUGCCGCAAUUGCUGCUGUUCUCACCAACCUUCGCUGCGAUUCGGAGCAUAAAGAUGGGACAAAUGAAUACCUGCAACAUCUUGUGGCAAUGAGCACCAAGAACGAGGAAGAGGAUCGUCCCUCAACAGUCAAUCGCCGACAAAGCAUCGCCACAGUUCGAACGUUCUCGGGGCUGCCAGAUGAGCAAGACCCCGACCCUCGCACGGCAGAAGGCACCGCACAAGAUGCUGAUCGAUUGGAAGAGGAAGAGGUCGGCUUUCUGGCACUGGAAUGCAUCAGGGCCAUAUUCCAAUCCCAAAAUCGGGCUCAGAUCCGCGAUGGGGCAGUCGCGUUCAUGCGCUACGUAGCGGAUGAGGCAGAGCGGUGUUCCGCUGCGGACGCAGUAUCUGGUCUUCAGCUGUGGGCCGCAACACUGUUCCAACUGAUCACGUCGUGGACGCCGGUGCAGCAGGACCGGUUCAUCCUUUUGUUCACGGCAAACGAAACUCUCACCAGGCACCCACUGGAGAAAUUGCAAGACUUCCGUGUGGCAUCAUUAUACGCAAAGUGCAUCUUAGGCGUGCUACGCUCGGACAUGAAUCUGAUCGGUCUGUCGGUGAUAGACAUGCUUCUCGGCCUCAUCAACCAGACAAUACGCUUGGCAGCAGCUGUUGCGCCUCGCCAAGUUCCUGCGCUUCAUCAGCAACCAGCGGCCGACCUCGAGCGGACGAAUACAACAACUUCACAAACAGGCGCUGCAAGUGAGCUACUGCCGCUGCUCAAAGACUGCAUCGCGAAUCUCGCCCGGCACGUUUAUUACGCAGGCCAAGUGACGGAUAUGAUUAGCUUCAUCAUGCUUCGAGUCAAGGCAGACCCCUCCGCUUCUGAUAAGGAUACGACCGUCGCCACAGAUGGCGGCGUAGGUGACACGAGCUCAACAUUGACUCGUAAUAAGCCAGCUAGUAUCAUUGGUGGUGGCUUCUCCAGUGGAAGCGGGCGCCACACUGCGCUCGAGAUUGUCAAGAACAUUAUCGAGAUUGCGCAAUCAACACGGCAGUACUCAGCGGGCUCCACCACGAUUAAUCGUCAUGCUGUUCCUCUGGGUGUCUGGGAAGGCUCACAAUGGCUCGCCAAAGACAGCAGCGAACUGGUACGACGGACCUACCGAGAAGCACUACUGGCCUGGGCCAAGUAUGAAGCGGAUGAUGGGGAUGCCGCUCUGAUCGACUUCGAAGCCGCCGAUUGCAUAGAAAGAUUGGCGGAUAGCAAGCGACCGGCAUCUUUGCACGGUAGCACCAGUCAAAGCCAUCGCAGCGCGCAUCCACAACUUCUGAUGCUGCCCAAAUUUGGAGAAGAACGAAGAAUGAGCUCUGGGAAGAACUCGGAAGGCAGCGAGGAAAAGCCACGGGCGAGGUCGAAUAACCUAAGGGAUAUCAUCGAUGGGAAAGUCUUUGUUCCUCCUCGAGAGAUGGACGGAAACCCAAUAGACGUAAGAGCACUGAUGGCGACAGUAAAGGUUGACCGCAGCAGAACGGGGCUGAGCAUGGAACCUCCAUAUUAUUGA